AUGGAGUGCGCCGUGUCUGGGUGUCUCGCGCUCACGCGGGCGGUGCUGACGCGCCUGGACAACUGCGCGUGGAUCCGCAGCGCGUGCGAGACCCUGCGGCCGCACGUGCUGCAGGUGAAGCAGAUCCUCGACGAGCUGGGCGCCGUGAAGGAGGCAGCACCGCUGCUGGGGAAGACCCUCCAGUCGAUCGAGGGGGCGCUGAAGAGCCUGGAUGCGGAGACGCUGACGUGGGAGCGUGAGAGUCGCAUCAAGGUCUUCGCGACGUCGAAGAAGCGCAAGGAGGCGCUCCAGGAAGCGGCGAAGGCGCUGGGGCGCGCGAUGAGCGAGCUCGCGGGUGCCAACGUGCAGUUGACGGAGAAGGUCCGCGCGGGCGUGCAGGACGUGCAGGGCGGACUCAGCAACCUGCAGGUGGUCGUCGAGGAGGGCGUGGAGCGACUCGGGGCUGACCUGGCGAAGGUCAUGUCGCAGGGAGAGGACAUGGAUGCGCGGAUGGAAAAGAUGGAGGCGAGGGAGGCGAGGAUGGAGGCGAUGCUGGAGAUCAUCGUGGGCACGUUCGCGAGCCCGAGCGUGGACGCCGCGCAGGAGCAGCGCAGCGUGGAGAAGGUGCUCGCGGACACGAAGUGCUUCAAGCCCGGCCACGAGAAGCAGGGGGUGACGAUCGUGGGCAACAUGGCCGCGGAGAUCCGUCGGAUCAAGGAGCAGGAGCAGAAGCGCACGCUGGCCGAGGCCCUGGAAAAUCUGGUCAUCGAGCCCAAGCGCAUCCAGGUGAGCAACCAAGCGAUCUCGCACGAGGGCGGAAGCACCGUGUACGGCGGCGUAUGGGACCGCGACGGCACGGGCACGGACCUGUGCAACGUCGCGGUCAAGGUCGUCGAGAUCGGGGGCGAUCUGGUGUCUGCACAUGAAGACGUUGAGCGCGUCAAGAACGAGGCGGAGCGCAUGGUCAGAGCGUCGCUGUGCUCCGACCAUGUGUGCACCCUGCACGGCUACGUGGUGGACAAGGAUCGAUCGCGCGUGAUGCUGGUGAUGCGGCGGUAUCCGAGCUCCGUCAGUCAGCGCCUGCGCGGGCAGGGCCGGCUCGGGCCGCUGUCCGUCGACAACAAGCUGCAGAUCUGCCGCAACAUCUUCCAGGGGCUCGCGGACCUGCACGCCAUGGGCAUCUGCCACUUCGACAUGAAGCCCGCCAACGUGCUGCUGACGGAGCACGGCACUGCGGUCCUGACGGACUUCCAGCUGUCGCGCGAGACCAACAAGACGCUCGGCAAGACGCUGCGCGAGAAAGCGUUCGGCACCAUGAACUACAUGCCGCCCGAGCAGAUGCACCGCACGGGCCGCGACAAGCCCGGGACGCACUCCGACAUGUGGUCGGCGGCCGCCACGGUGUGCGAGAUCCUGUCGGGCGAGAUGCCGUUCCAGGACAACGAAGGGCCCGAGAUCCUCGCGGCCGUGCUGAUCAACAAAGAACGGCCGAAGAUCCCAGCGUGGGCACCAGCGGCGCUGCGGUCGCUGCUGGAGAGGUGCUUCGAAUCCAAGGCCGCGAAGAGGCCCACGGCGAUCGAGGCGCUGGAGGUGAUGGCCAAGCUGACGGCGGACGACGUGCAGGAGGGCGGCGACGUGGCUAGCGCGCCGAGCGACUCCGCGACGCUCUCGGUCUCCGCGGCGCGGACCGGUGGCAGCGACGGCUUGCGCACGACGCUGAACGGCGACGGGAGGGUGACGACGCAGGUGGUGCGCAAGAUCCUCGCGGACAAGACCCGCGACGUCGUGGACCUGAAGGGCGCCGUCGUGACCAUCGCACCGAGCAAGGUGACCACCUUCGUCGAGGAGGAGUACAGCGUUGACGAGCAGUACCACGAGACGGAGGAGUACUCUGCCGACGAGCAGUACUACGACACGGAGAUCCGUCUCGUCGAGGGCAAGAAGAAGCUGUUCGGGGGCCGGAAGAUGGUGGAGACGCCUGUGCAGGUGCAGAAGACGCGCCGCGUGAAGAAAACGCGCAGCGUGCCAAAGACGCGCCGCGUGAAGAAGACGCGCUGGGUUGAAUUGCCGGCUGGCAAGAAGGUUCCUGCGGGAGGUCGCAGCAAAAAGGUGGUGGAGCUCGACGACGGCAUCGUGCUCGACAGGGCUGGCGUCACGCUCCGAAACGCAUCGAUCGAGUACGACGUGCCCGCUGCGGACGAGUACCGUAGUGGUGCGAAGCAUGUGCUGCUGGUGUCGGCGCCGAACGUCACGCUCGAGAACGUCAAGAUCACCGUGCGCACCGGCGGCAAGGCGAGCGAGGCGAUGACCGCACUCGCAGUCCAGGGGUGCAGCGGCACGGUCGUGUCCAACUGCGCCGUCGCCGUGAAGGGCAGCACUGCGGGGGUGAAAUCAGUCCUGUCGGUGUCAGAGGGCGGGAACGCGACUCUCUCGGACUGCACGAUCAUCUGCGACCGUGCCUGCUCGGGGCACGUCACGGGCAGCGGCAGCCGCCUCGAGAUGCAGGAGUGCCACGUCACCGGCGCGGGCUUCGUCGCCGAAGACGGCGGGCAGCUGCAGGUCGACGGCGGUGCGCUGACGGGCGCGCAGGUGUGCUUCAAGGCUUGCGGGGGAGGCAGCGUGGCGGAGGUCAGCGGCUGCAGCAUCCGGCACGGCGGUGUUGCGGGGCAGGUGUCGCAGGGCGGCGCGAUGGAGCUCCGGGACUGCGAGAUUGUGGCGGUGCGCGGCAACGCAGACAGUCUGCAGGUCGACGGGGCCGGGAGCGUGCUGUCGCUGCGCGGUGGCUUCGUCGAGGGCGGGAAGCACGCGGCGAUGGCGUCGGGCGGAGCGCUGCUGCUCGCGUCCGGCUGCACGCUGAAGGAGUCGUUCGACGGCGAGGCGAUCAUCACCAGCGGCCAAGGGACGCGGGCGGAGCUGGCGCGGAGCAUCACGUACGAGUGCCUGCUGCGCACCGAGGAGGGACAGGGGAGCGAGAUCGCGAUCGUGGACGAGACGGCGAGGGUGAAGCAGGUCCUGGAGCGCAGGGAGGCGGAGCGCCGGGAGGCGGAGCGCCGGGAGGCGGAGCGCCGGGAGGCGGAGCGCCGGGAGGCGGAGCGCCGGGAGGCGGAGCUGCGCCGGCUCUUCACCGUGGACGGUCUGCGCGAGGCACUCAACGCCGGCUCCGGGAAGUCCGUCCGCGCCGCCGCCGCCAUGUCCUCCGCCUCCGCCACCGCCUGCGUGGCCGCGACGGGCCUCACCGGCCUCGUGGCGGGCUCCAUGACGUUCGCGUCCUUCGUGUCGACCCGCACGCUGCUCGACCUCGUCGACCGCAAGGACACCGCCACGCUCCAACGGCUGUUCCCAGUGUGGUGGCCCAAGGGGCGCGACCUGAUGGUGCCGCUCCUCGGCGCGGCGACGGUGGCGCACGGGUGCGCGUACGGGCUCACGCGGGACAGGGCGUGGCUGCUCACGGGCGCGCUCACGUUCUCCAUCCUCCCCUACACCAAGCUCGUCAUCAUGCGCGACGUGGGGCCCCUCAUGGACACCACCACCGACGGCGCCGCCGUCGACCGCUGCACGCGCCGCUUCUGCCGCAACCACCACGCGCGCCUCGCCGCCUCCACCGCCAGCUUCCUCCUCUCCCUCCUCGCCCUCGCCCAGCCCCGCUAG